AUACAGUGAAGACUUGUCAAACAACUUAAAACAGCAAGUGUCACAUAAAGCUUGUGCUUUCGAUUUUUACUUGAUUGCGUGUGAUGAGAGCGCAGAUGCCACGGACACUGCAUAGUUGUUCAUUUUUUUGCGGGGAGUGGAUGAUACUUUUUGCAUUACGGAGGAACUGCUUGAUCUUCGGAGUCUAAAGAGGACAACAACUGGGAAGGACAUUUUUGAAGCUGUCUCAGAUGCAAUUGACCAGGCUGGACUUCAAUGGGACAAGCUGUGUGGAAUUACAACGGAUGGGGCUCCAGCAAUGACAGGCGAGCGCAAAGGAAUGGCAUCUUUAGUAUGCGCCAAGGUGCGGGAGAGCGGAGGUGAGGCUGUCAAAAUGCACUGCAUCAUCCACCAAGAAGCCCUCUGUGCCAAGACAGUACAGCUUGGCGACGUGAUGAACACAGUUGUGAAAACUGUCAACAUAAUUCGGGCACGAGGGCUUUACCACAGAGAAUUUCAAGCAUUACUCUCUGAUGUCGAUGCUGAAUACGGGGACCUACUCUACCAGUCUGAAGUAUAUUGGCUCAGUCGCGGCUCCGUGCUGCAGCGGUUUUAUUCCCUGAGAUCAAAUAUCGGCAAGUUUUUGAAAGAAAAGGGCAGACCUCUGCAUGAGCUCAGUGACCCUUUAUGGUUGGCAGACCUGGCUUUUUUAGUUUAUCUCACUGAUCAUCUCAACACCCUGAACAAGAGACUACAAGGCAAAGAGCAGCUGGUACCACAGCUGUAUGCACACAUGAAAGCAUUCCGUGCGAAGCUCCGUCUCUCCGAGUCACAACUGCGUAACUUUAAUGUAGCGCACUUCCCAACACUGACUGAAAUCAAAUGCGCAUUUCCAAAUGCUAAGCUCUCUGCUAAAAUGGGAGAAUAUGUGUCUGUGAUCACAUCUCUCAUUACAGAAGUCACUCAGCGCUUUCAAGAUUUUUCUGUCAUUGAGAAGGAAAUCACACUGUUUGCGGCUCCGUUUUCAGUGGAUGCAGAAGAAGUGGAGGAGAGUCUGCAAUUAGAACUGAUCGAAAUGCAGUGUGAUGAUUCUCUGAAGAAUCAACAUCAGCUUCUCUCCCUACCUGACUUCUACCGGAGCUUGGAAAAGGCCAAGUUUCCUCUGGUAAGACGCCACGCAAAACAAAUGAUGAGUCUGUUCGGCUCAACAUACAUCUGUGAGCAGACAUUCUCGCUGUUAACGCUGAACAAAAGCAGAUUGAGAACCAGAAUGACCAACCGCCUUCUCCGUGACGUCCUUCACAUCUCAACCACCAAACUUACUCCUGACGUGCCAGCUCUCCUUCAGACCAAAGCGCAGCAUCACUGCUCCCACUGAGCGCAACAUUCCUCCCAUUACAGGACAAUGAAGGGGGAUCAGCACCCUAAGAAACAAUCUGAGGCUGUCACUGAGAGAAUGACCUGCCAACCUUUUUAUAAAAAAUAAAAUGAAAAUCUACUAAUGGA